AUGGGCGUUGAAACCACUCCUGUAUAUCCUGUAUCCACUGUCUCAAUGAGCUCUGCCCCGCCACCGUACACCGUAGGACAGGGAGCUGCUCCAAUUGCUGUCGAAAUGCAGCCAGUGUACAUUUCUCCGGCCUACGGAGGUCCGAUUCGUCCGACAGCCACAUUUGUCCAAGCUCAAGUUGUCCAACCGACUGCAGUUAUAGUCACUUGUGAUGUUAAACACGUGGAAUACGAUGUUCCGUACUUAGAAUAUUGUCCAAGAUGCCAAGUGAGUAUGAUAAUGUACGAAAGUUUCAUCAUGGGAGACCACGUCGCGUGGAAUGCCAUCAUAAGUUCUGUUUAUUUCAGACCACCGUCACUACACGAACUGUGCACACAACAGGAGGUUGCUGGUGGGCAAUCUUCAUCAUCGGAUGCUUCGUCUGCUGGCCCAUCUGGUUCUGGCUCUGCUGUGCUUCUUCCAAAGACGUCAAACAUUUCUGUCCGAAUUGCGCUUCUUACCUCGCAGUCAAGAAGCGAGGAUGUUAG